AUGCAUCUCCUAAAGUUGCUCUUCUUCAUCUUAGCAUCCUUCUCUCAUACCGGCUAUUCUAGUUACAACACCUCCGUGAUACCCAUAACAAAAGAUGAACAAACAUCUCUUCACAAAGUCCCUUUUGGGCUGGAGGUACUAGAUCCCAACCAAGGGCCGUAUGAUUAUCUCAUCAUCGACCUCGACACUCCGUAUGCGUGGAAAGAUAUCCCGAUUACAAACAACCCCGUUCCUUGUGACGUAGAAGAUGGUUGCAGGCAUCCGGUACGAUGCGACACCGAUUUGUGCAAAGAAGCAAAAUCUUACAUCAACCCUAUCUGCCCUACACCCAACAAAACCGACUGCAGCAUGUGUAUAGUCACACCUUUGAAUCCUGUUUCAAACGCUUGCGUAGCAUCAAACCUAACCACUGAUUUACUCAGACCGUAUUGGACUGAUGGCUGGAACCCUAUUAAUCCCUAUCCAAAGUGGCCGGGGGGCACGCUUGGAGCCCGGUUUCUACUAUCAACCGCACCUACAUCUUUGGAUCAAUUUUUUCCUAAAGAUGUUAGAGGUGUUGCGGGGUUUUCGUGGUCCGGUUUGUGUCUUCCACGUCAGCUUGCGUCUAUUAGCUUUACUAACGGUGUGAAAUUCGCACUUUGUCUACCGAGCUCUUCAUCGGCUCGUGGUGUCACAUUUGUGGGUGAAGGGCCUUUUUAUUUUAAAACAAACCCUAAUGUUGAUCUUAGAAGCUAUCUUUCGUACACUCCGAUGGUUCGAAAGAGUUCCAAAUCGCUUGGAUAUUAUAUUAAGAUAAACCGGAUCUUGAUCAAAGCACUACUAGAAAACUACAUAUUUUCCUACAAAAGUGGCAGUUGUAGUGGUGGCAACGGUGGUAGGUGGAGACGGCGACAAGUGGAGACGGCGACAGGUGGUGACAACGGUGGUGGUGGUGGGUGGCGACAGUGGUCAGAGGUGGUAGCGGUGGCGACGGUGGUAGCGAUGGUGGCGGUGGGUAGUGGUGGUUGA